CAUCCUCCAUUGGACCUUCUAUAUAUAUAUAUACACACACACUCUGACACACUGCCCAUGUGUCCAUUUCUCAACCGCCAAAACGUCACUGCAACUUUUCUCUGUUUUUUCACUUUCCCCAAUCCGCCAUUGAAAGCAUUUGGAAUUCCCAGUCUCAGAAGAUGAGGGCGAUGAAUCUUGUGAAUUCUUGGACCCGGACAACCACCGCCCCACCGUAUGAGUGCUUCGCCGGCAAUCCUUUGGUGAAACCCAAGAGGUUCUUGAAACUCCGGCGAACACCCAUUUCCGGUUUUAGUGUUUCGGCGGUUCUGGUGAAGCCGGAGGAGGGUGUGAGGGUCAGUGUGGAUCGGAGCUUCGAUUUCGUGGCGUACAUGGAGGAAAAGGCGUGUAUGGUCAACAAGGCGCUGGAUGAGGCGGUUUCCGUCAAGAACCCUCCGACCAUCCAUGAGGCAAUGAGGUACUCUUUGUUGGCCGGCGGGAAGAGGGUGCGCCCCAUGCUGUGUAUCGCGGCGUGCGAGCUCGUCGGCGGGAAGCAGUCGGACGCCAUGGCCGCCGCCUGCGCGGUGGAGAUGAUCCACACCAUGUCCCUAAUCCACGACGACUUGCCCUGUAUGGACAACGACGACAUGCGUCGCGGCAAGCCCACCAACCACACGGUGUUCGGCGAGAACGUGGCGGUGCUCGCCGGCGACGCUCUCCUCUCCUACGCCUUCGAGUUCUUGUCCACCGCCACCGCCGGCCCCGCCCCGUCCCGAAUCCUCUCCGCCGUCGGCGAGCUCGCGAAAUCGAUCGGAACCGAAGGGCUCGUCGCCGGGCAAGUCGUCGAUCUCGAGUGCACCGGAAAGCCCAACGUCGGCCUAGACGAACUCGAAUUCAUUCACAUUCACAAAACCGCCGCUCUGCUCGAAUCCUCCGUCGUUCUGGGCGCCAUUCUCGGCGGCGGGACCCACGAAGAGGUGGAGAAACUGAGAAAAUUCGCGAGGUGCAUCGGCCUUCUUUUCCAGGUGGUGGAUGACAUCCUCGACGUCACGAAAUCUUCUGAAGAGCUCGGAAAAACCGCCGGAAAAGACCUCGUCACCGAUAAGAUGACUUACCCGAAGCUUCUGGGAUUGGAAAAAGCGAGGGAAUUUGCAGAGAAGUUGAACGGAGAGGCUAAAGAACAGCUCGUUGAGUUCGAUCAGAAAAAGGCAGCGCCUUUGAUUGCUUUUGCAGAUUAUAUAGCUUAUAGACAGAAUUAAAUAUUAGCAAUAAUAUUGGAAAAAUUGGGAAACUUUUAAUAAUAUAACAAAAAUAGUAUUUAUAUAUUUUU